AUGUCGAGCGACCCACGUUUCGCGCGGUUACAUACCGACCCGCGGUUCGUGCGACCCAAAGCGGCCAAGAAUAAGAUCGUCGUCGACAAGCGGUUCGAGUCUAUUUUCAAAGAUGAGGAUGAGGGUACGUCUUUGUCGGUCGCUUGCCGUGGCUUUGGGGCUAGUGCUCGUGAGCUGAUAGUGGUCGACGACCCUGCUUCAGGCUCGAAGCAGCAGCGAAAGGUCGACAAGUACGGGCGAAAGGUCGAGAAGGACAACAAGAGUCUGGAACUCAAGAGGUACUACAGGAUGGAAGAGGAGGAAGAGCAGAGUGACAAGAAGGCUGCUCCUACCAAGGAAGACGUUGUGGGGGAGCAAGAGGAUGAGGAUGAGGGUGAUGAGAGCGAGUCAGACGAGGAGGAGGCAGGUGGUGCAGCCAAACCGUUCGUUGAUCUCGCCCGUGGUCAGGUAUUGAUGGAGUCCUCGGACGAAGAAGGUGGCAAGAACGACAAAGACGACGAGGACGAAGACGAGUCCGAUUCCGAAGUAGGAUCUUCGGGCGACGAAGGGUCAGUCACGUUCGGCGGCAUCACCAAGUCGGGUCUUAGACGACGACCAAGAUCGCCAUCGAUCGACCUUUCGGAAACAGAACACGCUGUCGCUGGAUCGGACAACGAAGUCGGAGAAGGCGAGGACGAUGAUGAUGAGGACGACCCUGAUCCAACGAAACGGUUGGCCGUCGUCAACAUGGAUUGGGACAACAUCCGAGCCGUGGAUCUCUAUCGAGUUCUUGCUUCCCCUCUGUCGGCGACCGCCGCUUCGAUUGCUGAAACGUCCGCGGCAUUAGGCGGCCGAGCUACUGCCGGAGCAGCGAAAAAGUUCGACGAGCGAGGGGAAGAGGUCGAAGGGUUCAAGCCUAGCUCGAGGCUGGUCAUUGCACCCGGUCGUUUGUUGCAUCUGAGGAUUUACCCAUCCCAAUUCGGUCGAGAACGAAUGGAACGAGAGGCGAGGGAGGGUCCUCCGACAGAAGUGUUCAAGGCCGCUCAAGCCGCUGCACGUGACAAUGACGAAGGUGAAGGGGAGUUACUUGUGCUGGGGAGGCAGAAGAACAAGGGCAAGACAAAGGCCAAGAAGAGCAAGAAGCGACGGGGUGACGACAGCGACGACGAGAGCGAGGACGAUGUGGCGAUCACCGAACAAGACGUUGUGCGGGACCAGGUUGAGGAUGGGGAGGAGGAGUAUGACCACGAGGCGCUGCGCAAGUACCAACUCGAGAGGCUGAGGUGAGUUGGGUCUCAAAUUACUACGGCGCACGCGCUGUGAGCUCAAGCGCGGCGUUUUUGAUCGCAAUCACAGAUACUACUAUGCCAUCGCCACGUUUGACUCGGCUCCUUCGGCGGCUCAUGUUCACGAUCAAAUCCUCGGCACCGAAUUUGAGCACACGGCGAACUUUUUCGAUCUUCAGUACGAACGCUCUUUCCCCGAACAUCUCUCGCGCCUUUGCUGAUAGAGGGGUUUCGUCUCCAGAUACGUCCCUGACGAGACAUCCUUCGAGGACGAUCCGGUCCAUGAUGAAGCGACAGAAGCGACCGUUGCUUCCGAGGGUACCUCAUACACCGGCAUCAAUUUUGUUACGGAUGUGAGUGGCUUUCCCGUCGCGAAUCACGUCAAGAUACAGAAGGCGGUGAAUUGAUCGCAUUUGCGUUCGGUUAUCUUCAGGCAUUGCGACAUUCAAAAGUCAAGUUGACAUGGGACGCUGACGAUCCGCACCGCAAGACCAAGAUCCAGUCCUACCUCGCAGCUGCCAUGGACCCGAAAGGCAAGGGCAAGGGCCUCGCCAACGAUGAAGGUGUCAGGGCAUACUUGGCCAGCUCGUCUGAUGACGAUGGGGAAGGCGAGGAGGCAGAGGAGGUCUACGAUUUCUUCGAGACCGAUGGUUACGACAACAAGCAAGGCAAGGACAAGAGGAGCAAGUUGAGGAGCUUGUUCGGGCUUGACGGCGAAGUGGAGGAACAGACGUGGGAUGGUGGUCGUGGGACGGGCAAGAAGGGUGCGGAUGGGGAGAUGCAGAUCACAUUCGCCUCUGCGUUGUCAACCAAGAAGGGCAAGAAGGGACAGGAUGAUAGCGAUGACGAGCAGGAUGGACGAGCAGAAGAAACCGCGAUCGAGACGUACAAGCGCAAGGAGAAGGAGCGUCGCGAGCGCAAGCGACUAGACCGCAAGGCCAAGCGCGAUGGGGUUACGCUUCCUGCCGAGGGCGAGGAAGGCCCUGAGUUUGGUGGCAAGAACACCGGACCUGGUGGAUUCGACGACGCCUUUUUCGCCGAUGGCGGGAAAGACCCCUUCGCUGCCUAUGAUGAAGGCAUGGAGAGUGGAGACGAGAUUGGACAACCGAAGAACGCCAAAGGCAAAGGCAAGGAUGAGGCGAACGGAAAAAUUUCGAAGCGGGAGAAGCGAGAGGCGAAGGAGCGCGAAGAGGAAGAAGCAAAGAAGUCACAAGCGUUGCUCGAGCUGCUUGUCGCAUCGGACAACGACGAGGACGGAGCCAAGCACUUUGACAUGCGCAACAUCAUCAAGGCCGAGAAGACUUCGGGAAAACGCAACCGGCACAAGAAGAAGGGUAAGAAGGGUGCUGCGGAGGAGCCGCAGGUCGAGGACUCGUUCAAGAUCGACUUGAAGGACGAUCGAUUCAAGAGCCUGCACGAAGACCACGAGUUUGCGAUCGACCCGACCAACCCGAGGUUCCAGAAGACACGCAACAUGGACGCCCUGUUGACCGAAGGAAGGAAGCGUCGAUCCAAUAAGCUCGAUGCACGAGCUCCUGUCAGUGCGCCGCCUUUGGAAUCGGUCAAGCAGGCGAGCAAGCAGUCCAAGGAGUCGGAGAACUUGCAACAACUCGUCGAAUCGGUGAAGCGCAAGGCCGGUGACGUCGGAGGUCGAGGCAAGCGGAGCAAGACGGACUCUGCCUGA